CCACACCGACCCUCAAGACUUUUCGACAACUUUCGCUCGACACCAAUGGCCCGAACCAAGCAAACCGCCCGCAAAUCUACCGGAGGAAAGGCUCCCCGUAAGCAACUCGCUACCAAGGCUGCUCGCAAGACUGCCCAGACUGCCACUGGUGGUGUCAAGAAGCCCCAUCGUUUCCGCCCUGGAACUGUCGCCCUUCGUGAAAUCCGAAGGUACCAGAAGUCGACCGAGCUUUUGAUCAGGAAGCUUCCCUUCCAGAGGUUGGUCCGUGAGAUCGCUCAGGACUUCAAGACCGAUCUCCGAUUCCAGUCAUCCGCCGUCAUGGCCCUCCAGGAAGCAGCUGAGGCUUACCUCGUCUCCCUCUUCGAAGACACCAACUUGGCCGCUAUCCACGCUAAGCGUGUCACCAUUCAACCCAAGGAUCUUGCCCUUGCCCGCCGUCUCCGUGGCGAGAGGUCCUAAGCGGCUUUUCCCCUUCCCUUGUAUCACACACAGGCUGUUGUAAUCACGGUCCCCGUUGGCAUUUCCUCUACGCUUCAUCUGUGUCUUCAUUCACGACGUUUAUGCCACCGUCCAAUGACCGAUUGCUAAUAAACCUCUUUAUAUGACUUCCUGUACCUCUAUUGGUCUCUAUUGUACUGUACUUUUAAGAUUUUGUUUGUCUUGUUAUCUAUCGUGCUGCCUGCUGCAGACGCUGUUCU